AUGAGCUCUGGUUCGGUCCGGAAUUUCAAGCCACCCGUACUCAACGACCCGGAGGUGGACCUCCUACAAGUCCAACGAUCAGAUGGUACCAGUAAUUUAGAUUCGACUCUGGAGCACAGUACCCGUAAUGCGGUCCUGGUCACAGGCGAAGCCGAAAAGUCCUCUCCCGGUCAGUUCCCUCAACGCGCUGUCGUCGGUAGCAUCGUCGGUCAAUAUGCACAUGGCUUCCCAAGAAUCCCGCCGAACCCAAAACUAUACUUGAAUGUUAAUACGCCUUUCAGCACGCUCAUCUGUGGCGUACAGGGAUCCGGCAAAAGUCAUAGUGCGUCAGUCAUAUUAGAAGGCUGCUUAAUAGUUGAUAAACGCAUCGGUACUCUACCCAAACCUCUUGCUGGAUUAUGCUUACACUAUGAUAGAGGAAGUGUAAAUUAUCCCUGUGAAUCUGCUUAUCUUGGAUUACCAGCAACACGAGCCCAACUAGGUUUCAAGUCGACUUCAUCAGUCCCAGUGACAGUACUUGUGUCGCCAACUUGUUUGGAAACGAUGAGAAAGAUUUAUACACCUUUGAAGGGUGUGAAUGUUAUGCCAUUUUACCUCUCAACAUCAAACCUAAAUUCCAGUAGGAUGUUAACCUUAAUGGGCUUUGAUGAAAGUGCCAUUAUGCCGUUAUAUCUUCAAAGAGCGAUGACUAUCCUUAGGUCAAUGGGUGCAGACAGAUUCAAUUACGAUGCUUUCAAGAACAAGAUGUCUAAAGAGCCCUUGAACCCAGCACAGAAAUGUUCUUACAAGAUGAGGAUUGAGAUGUUAGAUUCCUACUUGACUGGAAAGAAAUCCUCGGACGUGUCCUCUCAUUUCAAGCCUGGUCACUUGGUUAUUGUCGAUCUACGUGAUCCUUUCACCAAUUCAUCUUUGGUCAUUGCUAUGUUUGAGAUCAUUGUAGGUUUGUUUGUCGAAAGACAUAUGGAAACUGGAAAAGUCUUGCUCUUAGAUGAGGCGCACAAGUACUUGAAUUCAGAUCAGUGUUCGGCCCGGUUCACGGAAUCGAUGACCUCUUUGAUCCGACAACAGAGGCACUUUGGGAUGCGGACGAUAAUCUCAACACAGGAGCCGACGGUAGUUCCAGAUGCGAUCAUCGACCUAGUCUCGUUUCUAGUUCUGCACCGAUUCAGCUCUCCAACCUGGAUCAAGCAUCUCAGCAAACACAUUUCCGUCGAUCAGGACCCCGAAACAGACUUGGAUUGGUCUCGCAUGAUCUCUAGACUUGCACUUGGGGAGGCCGUCAUUGUCGCUCCUACCGCUCUGAGUAUUAAAUCUGAUUCCAUCUCCUCUGAACCCCUGGCUACUGGUUUCUUUAUCGCUCGCACUCGCAAACGACUCACCUAUGACGGUGGGGCUUCGAUUGUUGCUUAUAAAUCUUGA